AGCGACAGGACGGGUCUCCGGGCCGCCAGGUCCCAGUCCAGACACUAGCAGCCGCGCACGCGCGGACGGGGGAGGGCGCGCGCCUGCCCUCCGCCCCUCCGCCCUCCAGGUGGCGCUGGCGGUCCCGCUCGGCCGCCUCUCGCCGGGCUACACCCGGGCGGCCGCCUGGCUGCCCGCGGGUCCGCCUCCGCGGAGGGCGUGGGCUCCGGGCUCCCGGAAGCCGCGGCCGCUGCGCGGCGCCUAGAGGGCAUCGCUCCCCCCGGGGCGGCAAUGCGCGUUGCUGGGAGGCCGUGAGCUGAGCGCAGCGGCCCGGCCGGGGGCCGGUUGGGGCAGCGUCUCCUCCGGGCGGGGCUGGGCUGGGCGGCGGCGGCGGCGGCGGCGGCGGCCGGGGGGAUGCUGCUCAAGCUCCUGCAGAGACAGACUUAUACCUGCCUGUCCCACAGGUAUGGGCUCUACGUCUGCUUCGUGGGCGUCGUUGUCACCAUCGUCUCCGCCUUCCAGUUCGGAGAGUUGGUUCUGGAAUGGAGUCGAGAUCAAUACCAUGUAUUGUUUGAUUCCUACAGAGACAAUAUUGCUGGAAAGUCCUUUCAGAAUCGGCUCUGUCUGCCCAUGCCGAUCGAUGUGGUGUACACCUGGGUGAACGGCACUGACCUUGAACUACUGAAGGAACUGCAGCAAGUCAGAGAGCAGAUGGAGGAAGAGCAGAAAGCAAUGAGAGAAAUCCUUGGGAAGAAUGUAACAGAACCAACUAAGAAGAGUGAGAAGCAGUUGGAGUGUCUGCUGACUCACUGUAUUAAGGUGCCCAUGCUCGUGCUGGACCCAGCCCUGCCGGCCAAUGUCACACUGAAGGACCUGCCAUCCCUCUACCCUUCUUUUCAUUCUGCCACGGACUUCUUCAAUGUUGCAAAGCCCAAGAACCCUUCUACUAAUGUCUCCAUUGUGGUUUUUGACAGUACUAAGAAUGUAGAAGAUGCCCACACUGGAGUCUUUAAAGGAAACAGCAAACAGAUGAUAUGGAGGGGCUACUUGACAACAGAUAAAGAAGUCCCUGGGUUAGUCUUAAUGCAAGAUUUGGCUUUCCUGAGUGGAUUUCCACCGACAUUCAAGGAAACAAAUCAACUGAAAGCGAAGUUGCCAGAAAAUCUUUCUUCUAAAAUAAAGCUGUUGCAGUUGUAUUCAGAGGCCAGCGUAGCCCUUCUAAAACUAAAUAACCCCAAAGACUUCCAAGAAUUGAACAAGCAGACCAAAAAGAACAUGACCAUUGAUGGGAAAGAACUGACCAUAAAUCCUGCAUAUUUACUAUGGGACCUAAGUGCCAUUAGCCAGUCCAAGCAGGAUGAAGAUGUUUCUGCCAGCCGCUUUGAAGAUAAUGAAGAGCUGAGAUACUCUUUGCGGUCAAUUGAGAGGCAUGCCCCAUGGGUUCGAAAUAUUUUUAUCGUCACCAAUGGGCAGAUUCCAUCCUGGUUGAACCUCGAUAAUCCUCGAGUGACGAUAGUAACACACCAGGACGUUUUUCGAAACCUGAGCCACCUGCCUACCUUUAGUUCACCAGCUAUUGAAAGUCACAUUCAUCGAAUUAAAGGACUGUCCCAGAAGUUCAUUUACCUGAAUGAUGAUGUCAUGUUUGGGAAGGAUGUCUGGCCAGAUGAUUUUUUCAGUCAUUCCAAAGGUCAGAAGGUCUAUUUGACAUGGCCUGUGCCAAACUGUGCUGAGGGGUGCCCGGGCUCCUGGAUUAAAGAUGGUUAUUGUGAUAAGGCCUGUAAUAAUUCAGCCUGUGACUGGGAUGGGGGUGACUGCACAGGCAACAGCGGAGGAAGUCGCUAUGCCGGUGGUGCUGGGGGCACCGGAAGUCUUGCGCUUGGACAGCCCUGGCAGUUUGGUGCAGGACUCAGUGGUGUCUCCUACUGUAACCAGGGAUGUGCAAACUCCUGGCUGGCCGACAAGUUCUGUGACCAAGCCUGCAAUGUCUUGUCCUGUGGGUUUGAUGCUGGCGAUUGUGGGCAAGAUCAUUUUCAUGAAUUGUAUAAAGUAACACUUCUCCCAAAUCAGACUCACUAUGUUAUUCCAAAAGGUGAAUGCCUGCCUUACUUCAGCUUUGCAGAAAUAGCCAAAAAAGGAGUUGAAGGUGCUUAUAGUGACAACCCAAUAAUUCGACAUGCUUCUAUUGCCAAUAAAUGGAAAAGCAUCCACCUUCUAAUGCACCGAGGCAUGAACACUACCACACUACACUUUAAUCUCACCUUUCAAAGAGAAAACAACGAAGAGUUCAAAAUCCAGAUCGCAGUGGAGGUUGACACAAGAGAAGAACCAAAACUGAAUUUUACAACCCCCAAACCUUACCAAAAUCUGGCUAGCUCCAUAACACCCCUUCCAGAGGCAGACAGCCUGUUUGAGGAGAUCCCUGAAGAAAAACGCUAUCCAAAGGUCAAGAGACGUGAUGCUAACACAACAGGGCAGUUCCAAGAAGAGGUGAAAAUUCCCGUGGUCAAUAUGUUACUCCUUCCAAAAGAGGUUCAGCUGAGUCUCAGCCACUUGGACCUACAACUUGAACUUGGAGACAUCACGAUGAAGGGAUACAACCUGUCCAAGUCAGCAUUACUGAGAUCAUUUCUGGUGAAGGAUGCUGAUGGAAAACAAAAUCAAUCUCUAACAACACAUGGAAGAAAUGACAGUUUGGAGGCCCCACUAGAAGAACAAGUUCACCAAAGCAUCUUGCCAGGGGUGCUGGAAAGAUCCCUCAGGUUCACUGCUCCACCAGUGACAAUGAAAGUCACUGGCCAUCACCAGAGUCAGAAUCCACCCCCAGACUUGGCAACCAGCUCAAGAUUUAGAACUCCGGCCCCCCAAAGAAAUGUGUCCAAAGAAAAACUCUCUCCUCUGACUAAGCCCCUGGAAAAUUACAGUACAAAAGAAAGCAAAACCCUAGGGAAUGAACAAAAGACAAACAGAAUGGAGGGAGAUUCUAAAAAUCACAUCAGUGUUAUUGAAGUACUACCUGGAAGAAAACUGCAAUGUUACAGGGACAGUUACGGGGGCUUUUUGCCAUGGGAGAAAAAAAAGUAUUUCCAGGAUCUUCUCGAUAAAGAGCAGUCUUUGAAGACACAGUUGGCAUACUUCACGGACAGCAAGCAUACUGGGAGGCAACUGAAAGACACCUUUGCAGAUUCCCUUCGAUAUGUAAACAAAAUUCUAAAUAGAAAGUUUGGAUUCACAUCUCGGAAGGUCCCUGCCCAUAUGCCUCAUAUGAUUGACCGAAUAGUUAUGCAAGAACUCCAAGAUAUGUUCCCUGAAGAAUUUGACAAGACAUCCUUUCACAAAGUGCGCCAUUCUGAGGACAUGCAGUUUGCCUUCUCUUACUUUUAUUAUCUCAUGAGUGCUGUUCAGCCACUGAAUAUCUCUCAAGUUUUUGAUGAAGUUGAUACAGACCAAUCUGGUGUCUUAUCUGACAGAGAAAUCCGAACACUGGCCACCAGAAUUCAUGACCUGCCUUUAAGUUUACAGGAUUUAACAGGUCUGGAGCACAUGUUAAUAAACUGCUCAAAAAUGCUUCCUGCUAAUAUCACUCAGCUAAACAACAUUCCACCAACCCAGGAAGCGUACUAUGAUCCUAAUCUGCCACCAGUCACUAAAAAUCUAGUAACCAACUGUAAACCAGUAACUGAUAAAAUCCAUAAAGCAUAUAAGGACAAAAACAAGUAUAGGUUCGAAAUCAUGGGAGAAGAAGAAAUUGCUUUUAAAAUGAUCCGCACCAAUGUUUCUCAUGUGGUGGGCCAGCUGGAUGAUAUAAGAAAAAACCCCAGGAAAUUUGUUUGUCUGAAUGACAACAUUGACCACAAUCACAAAGAUGCCCAGACGGUGAAAGCUGUUCUCAGGGACUUCUAUGAAUCCAUGUUCCCCAUACCAUCCCAGUUUGAGCUGCCAAGAGAGUAUCGAAACCGUUUCCUCCAUAUGCAUGAGCUACAAGAAUGGAGGGCAUAUCGAGACAAAUUGAAAUUUUGGACUCAUUGUGUACUGGCCACAUUGAUUUUGUUUACUGUCAUCUCAUUUUUUGCAGAACAGUUGAUUGCUCUUAAGCGGAAGUUAUUCCCCAGGAGGAGGAUACAGAAAGAAGCUAGUCCUGAUCGAAUCAGGGUGUAAGAGAUCUUCAUUUAAAAGACAUCUACCUCAGCAUUCACUGAGCGUUUUAAAACACCCAGCACCACCAACUGGUCUCCAUGUUGAGAUGCUCAGCCAGCUUGGCCACAAGAAGGAAAAACACCUGGUGUAAUACUUGCUUUGUGACCCGGCAUUAGCCUGCUGACCACAAAUUGUUCCAGCCAACAGACUGAACGCUAAUGUGUUGAAACUGGUUUUACAUUUAAAGCCUGUUUGCUCCUGGACCGGUCAUUUCUUUUUAUGAAAACACUCACUAGACAAGAGACAGAUGCUAAGUUCUCACCACAGUCUUUGCUGAUUAACUUGAAUGUGAGCAGCCUAAGCCAGCUUGGGAGCUGAGACUCCCGUUUUCGCAUUCCAAAGCCCUUUGCUAUGGCUUUUCUUUUCUCUCUUUUCUUUUUUUUACUCGGUUUUCUUCCCUCCUUCCUUUUCCCAUUUCUCAUUUUUAAAGAAGUAGUUACUAAGCUAACAAGUUACUCUUGCUUUCUGAAAUGGUGGAUUAGGAUACCUAAACAUGUCUUGUAGAUGUUACUGAAAUAAUACAGCCAAGGUCACCUUUUACUCACAAUAUUUAAAUUAUGGAUUGUAUUACUGCUGAAGAAUCUUAAGUGGUCUGAAGUCACUUAGCCACUCAAAACUACCGAUGUUUCAAUGACUGAUAUCUGAAUGGCUUAGUGUUUGUUUACCACAGCCCUAGGAAUACUGUGAUUCAUGUGGAGGCCUAGUGAUAAAGGGCUAGAGUGAAGUAGCAGAGCUACUUUCCAGGUAUAAUUAUGUUUUGGAAAUGUACAGAUCAAACAGAAGUGCCUCCAUAAAUGAGCAGUGCUGACAGCACUGGUACUGUACAAUGGUGUCUUCUUUUAUCCUCAUUAGUACAUCAUAGGAGUUCUUUCUCUUGAUGGGUUUCCUUUAAUUCAGAGGCCAGCACACUUUCUCUGCAAAAAGUCACAUAACGAAAUAUUUCUAAGCCACAUGCAUCUCUGUUGCAUAUUGUUCUUUGUUGUUUAGUUAUGUGUGUGUUUAACACAUCUUUAAGUGUCCAAACCAUGUCUUGCAGCUGUACAAAAACAGGCCACAAGCUGGAUAUGACCCACAGGCCAUGCUUUGCUGACCCCCAAGGUAGUGAAUUAAUAUUUUCCUGUACUAGGUGUUUGGCCAUAUAUUAUUUAUGUCAGUAUACUGUGGAUUUCUGGAGACCAGAUUCCGCGAGUCCAUUCUGAACUCUGACCAGUAUUUUAGAUCAUGAUCUUAACAGUAUUCUUUUAAAUCAGCAUACACAUUUUUGUAAAAAAAAAAAAAAAAAAAAAAAAGAAAAGAAAAAGAAAGAGAAGAAAUUGUAAAUACUGUAUUUGUGCUGUAAAAGUUGUGUAUUUGAAAAACAAGUCUUGUAAAAACUUAAGAUUUGUCAGAAGCUUUGAUAAUUUUUUUUUUUUUAAUCUUUGAGAUGAGGAGUAAGCUUAGUGCUAUCCAUAUGUAACGGUCAUUUGAGUGCUUGCUUAAAUAAUCUGUCACAGCCUGUGCUGAGUCACUGAACUGAAGGGGAAAGUGAUGUAAAGAGAGAAAAAUAAUAUUCUCUAGUUGAGAUAUAUAUAUGUAUACAUUUAAUAGUGGAAAAUAAGCUCUAAGUGGAAUUUAUCACAUGGCAAAAAUGGAAGAAUUAUCUGGGUAUCCUUCUACAAGUAAAAAAUAUAUUCUCAAAAAGUUAUAGGGAAACAGACCUUUGGGUUUGAUGGAGAUUUUUGUGAUUGGGUCACACCUAACUAGGAGCUUAAUAGAGCAUUGGGGUGGAAAGUAGAAUUAUAAAAAUAUUCAUAGAACCCUUAGAACAGAAGAACCUAAGGGUUUGAGUAGACCGAUGUCUCUUCAGGACUUUUUUUUAAAGGCUCAGAACCAUUUGUUUACUUGAAAUACCACUGAAAGCCAUUGUGAUGCAGAAGGAUGAUUCCUUCCUCAUCCUGCCUGGCUCCAGGGUGACAUCACCAGAGUCCCAGCACUCAAGAGUUUCAAGGCCAGGCCCUGCAUUUUCCUGAGGACAUCAGGGCCAGGAGGAUCCAAAGUCAGCUAGAGGUUAUCUGUCUCUUUCCUGUCCAGCCAUACCCCAUCCAUGACUGACAUUUGCCAGUGAAGGAGCACAUACUCUGCUGUCAGAUGACUAGGGUUAGAGACCCAGGCCUUGGACAUUGCUUGCUAUUGUUCUGCUCCUCAAACAUGGAGGCAAAGAUGAUAUUUGACUCAUAGACUGACAAUAAGGAUGAAAAGAGAAGACAUCCUGUGUAAUGCACCCAGAUGGUUCCUGGUGAGCACUUGUGCCUGGCAUGUGUCAGUAAUGAUGAAGGAUGGAUCUUUGUGUACAGGAUUGUUCUCCAGGCCCCAGAGUGGGAUGGGGGGGGGGCUCCCAGUGCAAUCACCAGGGCAAAGUGAGACACUGCCCUUGUCGAAGAAAGGGACAUACUUUCUCAUUAAACAAUGUUUGCCUGUUUUA